GCUGUUUCGUUCGUUGUUGUGCUUUGGUUGUUGCUCGCUCUCACUCUGCUACCGCUGCCGUUGCAGGGAUUUAAAGCAGCCGCGUGACCUGCUGUAUUAGUAUGCCCCGCCGCCUUCUGGCCGCUGUUUUCGCCGGCGUUGCUGCUCUCUUUCUUCUGCAAUGCGGCGAUGGCUUUACCUUCGUCACUACAACUUCGCCCGUGCUCUCGCCCCGGUCAACAGUGUACCCUCCGAGCAGAUUUGCACCGUUGAGUACUAGAGGCGGGAUCUCGAUGUCUGGAUCGAGCAACGGCCGCGAGAGCUAUAGCUGGGACGAAGACGUGCUCGAUAGAGCGGUGAAGGACAUGCUUGUCGACAGGGCGGUGGAGACGGUGCGACACCUGUGGAAUGAGACCGGCGGGGACAUUUACGGUCAGUGGUUGGACCGUUUCACCGCCAGGCAGAACCUAGGCGAUGACGUCAUUUCGACCAUGGGCUGGGCGCGCUUUCUCAUCAAGAUGAUGAGAGAGGAACCGGUGGAAGCGGUCGUGAUCAGGACGGCGAAGAAGGACAGCCCCCAAGUUAUCGAGGCGCAACGCAAGGCACGAAAUAACGCCCGUCCACCGACGCUGAGUCCGUGGCGACAUUCCGUGAAUCAGCUAUCUGCGGACUGGGACGCCGAGGAAGAGGAGGAGAUGAAGGUGGCCCUGGACUAUCCCCCUCAGCUGAAGGCCGUUAAGAGGAGCGUGGUCGUGCAGCCGGCGGAACUGGCGAAAAAGCUUAUGGACAUCCGGGAACAGCUAGCCCUGGAGUGGCGGGAAGACUUGAAGAACAUCGAGGUCGAGAACGACGAAAUCGUCCGCCUGGACAACGACAGACGGAGGAGAGCCAGGGAGGCGGGGCCUGGGUACGACGAGGUGGAGCAGGGCGGCGGCGGCGGCAGCCGCAGGAGGUUGACGUACGACCACGGGCAGGCCUUCGGAGGGGACAGCAGCCCCCUGCGCUCCGACAACUACGAGACGCUGGUCGGCUACUUGACGGAGAUCGCGGCCCUCGUCGUACAAGAACGCAUGCGGGUGGACGGGGACGACAUGGGAUGGAACUGGAUGGAGCAGUUCCUCUAUUGGGCGAAGGCCAACUCCAAGUACGGUUCCGCCGCACCCGGGGACGAGAGUCUAGAAUCCCCUCCCCCCUUUCCUUCGGACAAUGGCGGCGAUGGUGGCAUUGGAGAGGAACGGGGGGCGAGGGGAAAGCGGGUCAAGGCGGCGUUUGGGGCCGCGGGGGUGGGCAUGGGGGGGACGGAUGAGGACCGUAAGACCAGGGGCAACCGGAUGCUGGAAGAAAUGCUGAUGGGACAGAAGGUUCAGACGUUCGAUUUCAAGAAGAACGAUCUCGUUGGAGUGGAUCCAGCAGAGAUCGGCCAGUUGGUCAUGGACGCAAGAAUCGAGGUGGCCAGGCGCAUCUCCACCGCCCUUGAGACCGUUCCGGCGGACCACGGCCUGGUCCUCAGGAGGUACCUCGAGGACAAGUGGGAAGCAGACCGCGCCGCGGGCCUGGUGAACGUGGAAGACGACGAUGCCGACGAGCCUGAGGGAAGAGGAAAAGGAGAGUGAAGGAGGUGCUUUGUUGGGGGGGGGAUCCGGGGGUGGGGGCGGCUGGAAAGAGGGAGAGGGGGUGGCUUAGAACCCCGUCGUUCGAACGCGUGUCUAUGCCCGAGUGAUGCUAGCGUGAGGAAGGAGAGAAGCGUGGCUGAUAGGGAGUCGUGGCGAGCGAACAAUAGGAAGAAGCGCGCGCGGCAGAGAGAGAGAGAGAGGAGGGGAUGACGAGGGACGGACGCUGUUUGGGCGUUGAGGUCCGUGUUGAGCUUGAUUCCGACGGGAGGAUACCUGCAUCGAGCGGGGCGAAAACCGUUGUGUAUAGGAAGGAGGCCGGCUCCUCGAGGAGAAGGGGCUGGAGUACACGUACGCCCAGAAGAAUCGUUGCUGCUGCUGCUGCU